UUAAGAUUGAAGAUCUCUCAUAUUCUAUUUUUUACUGACGUUACGGUUAGAGAUUUCAAUGCUGAUCUGAGAAAGCAACCUCGAAGAUUAAUGUGCGCUUGCGCCCGAAGCUUAGUACGACCCCAUAGGGGAGAGUUGUUCGCUACAAUUGUAUCAGCCUACUACGGAGUAUCAGUAACUUGUCCAUUUUUAUUACCACCGUCGGUAAAAUGAUUUUCGAUUGAAACUUGACUUUGAGUGGUUCCUCAGUUAUUUACUAUAUUAAUUUUCCGAAAAUUGUGCCUGUUAAAACGAAAAAUGGGUUUUGUGCGAACUGUCAUCUGUGUUUUCUUUAUUUAUUUUGCAGGAAGAUCUGCAGACGGUUCCUGCUAUUUUCAACAGGAAUUUCAAGGAGAGUAUGUGAUGCAGAGUGCAGUCAUUGGACCAAAUGUACAGUAUGCUACGCUCAAAAUAAACGCAACAACUGUAGGAAUUUGGGGCCAUUGUCAUAAGAGAAUAGGAAAUAAUUACCUUCUCAGAAUGAGUCAUGGAGAAACAAGUUGUAUUCGAUGCUUCCACCUGAAAUUAAGAUCCUCCAAUGUAUUAGAAAUGAUUACUAGUCAAAAUUCAGUGUCGAAAUGUCAUAUUGUUAGUGAAGAACAAGCUGAAAAUACCUGUCCUACAGAACAAAGUUUGAGAUCUGGAAAUGUAACUGAAAUACUUUUAUUCAAAACAAAAGAUGUACACGAAAUGCAAACAACACGAAAGUACUGCCCAUUGGAUGGAAAAUACUCUGUGAUUUAUAGAAAUAGAAACGUAAGAUCUUCGAAAAAAAUUGAAUGCUUGGGUCUGGAUUCCACUAUAGAUUCAUGUCCAUCAGGUUCCACAUUAAAUAUAAGGCUAAAAGGAUGCAAUGAAGGAGAAAUAAGCGAAUUCAAAUUUGAAUGUUUGGGCAGCUGGAAUGGUAUGAGACAAGAGAAUUUUAUUAUUUUUGUGGACAGUAGGCAGCACAAACCCAGAUACAGGUGUGCGGUUUACGAAAGAGAACAAAGAACUGGUCGUAUCUACAUGGCACUGAGCAACGAUUCAACUUGCAAUACCGAUCUUCACAAUGCAACUAGUGGUUUCGAAACUUUUCUUCUUCAACCCAAGCCAGCUACUCCUUGGCCUGUUGAUAUCCGGUCAAGUACCUGCAAUUUUCCCGAUUGGAUGCAAGGAAAAUGGGAACAAAUCAGAGUGAAUAAAGAUACACUGGUUUACCAAGAUCACUCUUCCUUCAAGACGUACACUAUAAAAUGUGCUGCUUCACACCAAUCCGAAAACAAGUAUUUAGUAUUCAGCAGGAGUCAAUGCAACGAAGAACAUUACAGUUGUUUGUGGGUCCAUAAGAGAUCAAGUAACAUACUGGAAUUCCAAAUCAGUACCAAAUCUAGUCAUCUAAAUCACAAUUUAUGCCAUGAAUCUUAUUUCUUAGAUGAUGCCUGGAUAACCCAAGGAAGAACCGUACCCAUAACAACUGGUGAUGUGCCCAGAAUGUGUCCAAUUGCUGGAGAAUAUACCGGUGUUAUUCCAGAUUCCGAAUCUGAACUUUGUGCAAAUCUGCGUUCAGAUUGUAACACAGAAGUAAUGUAUUACCAAGUUUCAAGUUGUGUAACAGGAGAACUGUACGAAGAAAGAGAAUACGUAUGUCUUGGACAUUGGGUCGAAGGAGAUCUUCUUUACACAUACACCAAACGUAUGGAUGUUGCUGCUGGUACCUAUGAAUGUUUCGUAGGCAGUAUCACUCCUAAGCAAGAGGUGUACAUCAAAGAAGCUGGUACUUUCUGUCAGAGAGACAUUGAUCCGAUCAAAAAUGGUAUGCAACUUAUCAAAAAUGAUGUUGUCACUUGUCAUGAGAAAAUGCCAGUUUUUAACGUGACAGAAGAAAGUCCCAGGAUCUCUUUUGAACAAACAACGAGUAGAAGAACUACAGAAGCUACUACCACCACUGUUAGACUUACCAAAAGUACUAGGAAACCUUGGAACUUUGAUAAUAACAUGGCAGACGUACCUGAAAAUAAGGAGAAACACAAUAAUGCCAAUAUUUCCAAAAUUAUGGUUCUGUUAUAUAUAUGUACAAUCAGUUUAUUAUACCACCUUUAGGAUAUCCAGCAUGUCUUGAGUCUAUGUUGAACUUUCGUGAGAAUUACCGCGAGUAGAAAAAGAAAUUGCCUCUGGUUUGGUUAUUUCCGAAUUAAUCAAGAUGAAUCAUUCUUCGUGCAAUAUAUAUAUUCAUCAUUGGAGAUAAAGACCAAACAGAGCUGUGCUAAGACUUCUCAGAAACACGUUUCAAAGAGAGGAAAGAAAAUCCAUUUCGUACUUAAAUAUUCUUCGAAAUAUUAAUUCUCCAUUCUCUAAAGUUACUAUUUUCUUGCCAAAAAGGUUGUGUUUUUUAAGUUUGAAUGAUGGUGUAGUUCCCUCUGAGAAUCUUUUUCUCAUUGUGUCUCAAAGACAAAAUAUUUUGCUCAUUAACUGUGAUUGUUCCAUUAUAGGAACAUAUUAAUCUAGCUAUAUAAAGAAUUUUCAACUAUCUCUACUUUUAAUUUAAUAUUAUGUGAAUUAAGUAAAUUAUUGUAUAUAAAUUCAAUUAUGAUUUAUAUUUUCUGUAGAUACAAUAUAUUAUUAUUUAAACGUU